GAGUGCGGGAUAACGGGAAGGAAGUACACUUACGGCAAUAUAGUGGACCAGGCUUUACGAUGGGCUGGCGUGGUGUCUCGGGUGUUGGCAGCACCAUCCUCCAAAAGGAACCGACUGACACUAUUUUCCGUCAACGCUCCGGAGUUUCCCAUCCUCCUGCUGGGGUCUCUAGCUGCCGGCGCCACUGUCAGUACAGUCAGCCCCAGCUAUACUGCCGAUGAGGUUGCACGACAGCUUAUAGACAACGAGACAGACAUGCUGGUGACUGACCCCAAACUGGAGAGUAUACUGAUAGAUGCCUUGACGAAGAUUAAAAAGACGAUUCCUAUUUUUAUCAGCGGUGUCUCUGCCCACGGUCACCCCAACAUCAGGCAUAUUCUGGAAGACUCCUCUAAACCCUUCGCCGAGCCUGUUCAGUCUCCCCUGAAGUCAACAGCAGUGAUUCUGUACUCCAGCGGCACCACUGGGAAGCCCAAGGGUGUGGAGCUCUCCCACGGUGCCAUCACCUCCAACCUCCAUAUGUUCACUCAUCCAUAUUUCUUUCCUUACCUGCCAACAACACAAGAGUACCAAGAAUCAGUCAUUGGAGUGAUGCCCUUCUAUCACGUCUAUGGUAUGCACGUUGUCAACUUGAUCACCCUCUACCUGGGAGCUAAGGUCAUCUCGCUGCCUGCCUUCACUCCUCAAGACUUUGUUAGGAACAUUAGAGAUCACAAGAUACGGGUCCUGCACACAAUUCCAUCAAUACUGAACUUCCUCUGCGAGUCCCCAGAAGUCACCUCGGCAGACCUGGAAAGUGUGAGGGUUGUCUUGUGUGCGGCGGCGCCUGUACUACCCACAACAACUGAGGCGUUCAAGAAGAAAGCACCCAACCCAAUACUCUUCCAGGAAGGAUUUGGCCUGACGGAAACUUUGCCAUCGUUGAUAACCCCCAUGGAUGACGAGAGGAUAGGCUGGUGUGGCAAAUGUGUGCCCAACACUGAGAUCAAAAUUGUGGACUUGGAGACUGGCAAGGCACUGCCGGAGCUACAGAGAGGAGAACUCUGUAUAAGGUCUCCUUCGCUCAUGACUGGUUACCUUAACAACCCGGUGGCUACGGCUGAAACCAUCGACCAGGAUGGUUUUUUGCAUACUGGCGACGUGGCUGUCCACAAGGAUGGCUUCGUCAGCAUUGUCGACAGGAUAAAGGAGCUUAUCAAGGUCAAAGGCUAUCAGGUGUCACCGUCGGAGCUGGAGGAUGUGCUCCAGCAACACCCUGGCGUGGUGGACUGUGCUGUGGUGGGCGUGGAUGAUGCUCGCUCUGGCGAGGUUCCUCGUGCCUAUAUCAUCAGGAAAGACUGCAACACUACGGAGGAGCAGGUCCACGAGUUCAUGAGGCACAAAGUAGCUAAGUAUAAGCAGCUGAAGGGUGGCAUCGUUUUCGUCGACACUCUGCCCAGGAGCUCCAUAGGAAAAAUACUCAAAAAGGAACUAAAGGCCAUCGCGCCUUGAAUCCUUGACUGUCAGCUGCUGAGCGACCUGUGUGGUCAAAGUACUUCGUAAAUGUUACUACUAUACUACUGCUGCUACUAUAUUAUUAUUAUUAUUAUUAUUAUUAUUAUUAUUAUUAUUAUUAUUAUCUGUGUCCUACAGAUAGUUAGUUAGUUUAAUAUGUUUAUUAUGCACCCCAUACCCAUCCUGUGGGCGGUAGUCAAAAGAUUACAGAGGUACAUAAUGGGUCCCGGGACUGGGCCUCAAAGUUUUGAUAGCUGAGCAAGUUACAGAGGUAAUGAAUUCACAAUUUACAAAGGUAAUGAACUCACAAUUUACAAAGGUAAUGAACUCCAGGUAGGUCUAGUCACAAUCAUGACAAGUUACAAAGGUAUUUACAGAUUACAGAGGUACACAAUGGGUCUACAGUGUCUCAUCACUUGGCUUUACCAAAUGGGGAAUUAUAACAUUAAGUUAAACGAACGAAAGACAAUUCUUUUUAAUAUAGCUGAGUUUAUCCCCCCCCUUCCCUGGAUCAAAAUUAAUUGUCUCCCUUUUUCCCAGAUGCUGGGUGACUCCAAAUGAUUUACCGAUUCCCGAUGCAGUAAUCCUAGUAAAAUAUCGUAGCACGAGGCGAUGAAUGCCAGAUAAUAUUCCACGGUAUGACAUGCUCUGAUGAAAAUAUAAUUCCCAGUUCUCUGGUGAAAAUCUCCCUCGAUGGGCAGAUGAGGAGUUCUUGAUCCAAGGAAUUUCAUCUGACCUCCUCUCAGGUGCCUUGAUGCUGUGAGGGUCUCUUGAUUCAAGAAAUUUCGCCUGACCUCCCCUCAGGUGCCUUGAUGCUGUGACCGUCUCUUGAUUCAAGGAAUUUCGCCUGACCUCCCCUCAGAUGCCUUGAUGCUGUGAGGGGUUCUUGAUUCAAGGAACUGGACCCAGGGCCAGAUUAAGAAGUCUCAGGGCCCUAGGCUAUUCAGAUUGGCGGGGCCCCUUUGAGUUACGGGUAAGCGAAGCGACCCCUUCCAGCUUGGGGGGGGGGGGUCGGUGUGAGCCUGUUUAAGGUCUAAUUAAAUACAUUCUGGCUAUUUAGAUUAAAUUUAAUAGGGAAAGUACAUCAAGACAACCAAAACCAUUUACCAACAGCCAUUAUAACUAUCUUGUUAAAUCAUGCAUUUUAAAGAGAAUAAACUCAAGACAGCAUAGUAUUACUAGAUUAGGCUAUUAAAGUAGUGACAUCAUGUACCUAUUAUAUUUAGCAUAACCAC